GUGUCACCUGCCCCCAAGACUUGUUGAUUCCCAGGAGCGCUGCCUUUUAGUUCGGCCUCCCUCCCCUCCCCCCCCGGAGACCAGAGGACGAUCUCGCUUACCUGCUACCCCGACGCGGCCCGGGGAGCUCCUGAGACGCUCCCGGGACCGCUCGCCCCUCACAUCCACAGCCAUGAGCAAGUUGGGCAAGCUCUUCAAAGGGGGAGGCUCUUCUAAAAGCCGAGCUGCUCCAAGCCCCCAGGAGGCCCUGGCCCGACUUCGGGAGACCGAGGAGAUGCUGAGCAAGAAACAAGAGUACCUGGAAAAUCGAAUCCAGAGGGAACUCACCCUGGCCAAGAAGCACGGCACGCAGAAUAAGCGAGCUGCAUUGCAGGCACUAAAGAGAAAGAAGAGGUUGGAGAAGCAGCUCACUCAGAUUGAUGGCACACUUUCCACCAUUGAGUUCCAGAGAGAAGCCCUGGAAAAUUCACACACCAACACCGAGGUGUUAAGAAACAUGGGCUUUGCGGCAAAAGCGAUGAAAGCAGUUCAUGAAAACAUGGAUCUGAACAAAAUAGAUGAUUUGAUGCAAGAGAUCACAGAGCAGCAGGAUAUUGCCCAAGAAAUCUCAGAAGCCUUUUCUCAGCGGGUUGGAUUUGGCGAUGACUUUGAUGAGGAUGAGUUGAUGGCAGAACUUGAAGAAUUGGAGCAGGAAGAAUUAAAUAAGAAGAUGACAAAUAUCCGGCUUCCAAAUGUGCCUUCUUCCUCCCUCCCAGCACAGCCAGAUAGAAUGCCAGGGAGAAUGGCAGGCACGUCCCCCGCUGCACAUCGAUCCCGAGCAGGGUAUGUUAUCAAGCGCGACUACACAUCCUUCCCACCAGGCGGCACUCUAAGCUCUUCGGAAAGGCGAAGACUAGGCGUCUGCUGAAAUCCGCCGUAGGAGGCUCCGUUUGUGGGAAAUUGAUAGUUUGGAUUUUAUUAAUUGAAGCUUUAGAAUUGAAAAUGGGUCUUUAUAAACUAGGCAACUAGACAGGCCAUAUGGUUUAACUGAAAGGAAGUAGUCUUUGGAAUCCUUGCUUUUGCUUCAUCUCGCACUCCAGUGAGUCUUGCAGACCAGUAGGGCGACGCUGUCAGGGACAACAAACGGAUCAGGGGUGCAGUGAGGCCUGGGGCGGCCCUCCGGAGAUGCCCUGGUCUACUCACAGAAUUUAUAGGACCCAACAACCUUGCUCAGCCACAAGUUACACAACAGAGGUAACUUCUCUAACAAGCAGCCCCAGAGGGAAGUGUUUCCCGGCUCGCUGGCAGAAAGAAAGACUGCAGGAUUGUGGCCCUGACUCCCAUUUCCAUUACGUCAGAGGAACAGUGCUCCUUACUUAUGAGGUUCCAGGCAUUGGAAGGGGCAGCGAUUUUCAAAGACUUCAGAGAAGUGGGUAUGAUGCAUGCAGCUAGGUUCAUGUCAGAAGUCCUUCAACCUUGCUGUUGGUAUUAAAGUGUGACGCGCUUCUUCUCUAACAUCCUUUGUCAACCUCAACCCAAGAGGGAGAACUGGAACCUGGGCUCAGGGACAAAAUUGAGAACUCUCCCUUCACUGGCUGUGGAGAAGAAUUCACAGAUAAUGGCUAUGAAACAUCAUUCAUGAAGUCUUUAGAGCUAUAACCAAACAUAGGAAAGAGAAGCCCUAGACUGAGAGCCACAGAGACUUUUUUCCAUGAUGCUCCACCACUUGCUUACUGCGUUCGUGUGAUUUUUUCUGGUUUGAGGUUUCAUCUGCAAAAUGAGAGGUCUGGAGCAGAAGACUUGAUGGGCUUUCAGGCAUCCAAGUUCUGGGAUUCGUGUCUAGGGAGGUAGAGUCUGUCUGCAAACUGCCACAUAACAACCACUGCAGGAGAGCCUUCCUGAUCACUGUUGCUUCUGUGGGCAUAGCGGGCUUUCUACAGAGGGGCUUUAUGCUGGAGGCUGUUUGGACCAGCUAAUUUCUAAAGUGCUCCUAGUUAGAAUAGACCCCCUGGGUCCAUAUUACUUGUGAGUAGUUUAUAAAGUAUUAAAUGACUGGGGGCUAGGAGUUCCAAAUACCUUAUUUUAAAAUGUUAUUUCCAAGGGUGGUCACAAUCCAUUCAUGUGCAACCAAUAUAUUGAGCCCCUGGCAUGUGUAUCCCAGCACUAUGGCAUAAGCAGUCAAGGGUUGCUUAGAGUCUAUGUGGUGGAUGGACUGAAAACAAAGGAGUACGAUACAAAGUAGUAAGAGCUAGUAAGAUUGUACUUCUUCUGCUGGAGGAAGGUACCAGGCACUAUGGGUCUAACUUCCUGGGCAUCCCAGAAAGAAGGUCACACAAAGAGCUGGGUCACAAAGAGCCUUGUUCAUUGCAGCGAGUGCCAAGCGCGUGCCCGACCACGCAGUAGAUGGCUGAUAACGUUUGCUGAUUAAAUGCCUGCAUGCAUACAGAUGACAAAGUUUUGGGUAAUUGAGGACAAUGCCUAAAAUGUUUCUGAGCACUUGACACCUGCUUUCAUAGGUCCUCCUUUUAGCAUACAAAACCAAAGCACUAUUAUUAUCUUCAUUUUAUAUGAGCACCGAGGCUUGGAGAAGCAAAAUAAUCCGUUCCACUUGGUAAGAAGCAGAACCAAAACUCAGACACAGGUCUGUUCAAUUUUAAGG